CAGCAGAACAUGCGUGCAGCAGAUGCUGAUGAUCGGAAUGAAUGAUCCUUAAUAAAUAAGAAAAAUGAUCCGGAUCGCUGCUCUCAAUGCAGCCUCUCAGGCUGCCGAGGAGCAUGAAGAUGCCUUCAGAAGCACUAAACCAAGUCAAACCAAGGAGGCCCAGGAGGCUGAAGCGUUUGCUCUGUAUCAUAAAGCUCUUGACCUGCAGAAACAUGACAGGAUUGAAGAGUCUGCAAAAGCCUACCAUGAACUCCUCAAGACCGCACUGCUCAAGGAGGCAGUGGCAUCUGAAGAUGAGAAGGUGGGACUUAAGCAUCCUGGACUGAUGUUGAAAUACUCCACCUAUAAAAACUUGGCUAGUCUUGCUGUGCUCCGAGAUGAUAUUGACACUGCCAUGGACUACUAUGUGCAGGCUGUGAUGCUGGAUUCCACAGAUGUGAAUAUGUGGUAUAAAAUUGGCAAGUUGGCCUUGAGGAAGGUGAGCAUGCCUUUGGCCCGACAUGCCUUUGAGGUGGGCUUACGCUGUAACCCGGACCACUGGCCCUGCCUGGACAACCUCAUCACAGUCCUCUACUCUCUCAGUGACUACAGCUGUUGCCUGUACUACAUCUGUAAGGCGCUGGAGAUGGACUCAGGCUACACUAAGGGGCGAGUACUGAAAGAGAAGAUCUUUGAAGAGCAGCCCUGCCUCAGACAAGACUCUAUGAAGAUGUUCUUCAAACUUGACAUGUCAGUGCAGUAUGUUGAGGUAGAUGAGGAGGAAGCUCACAGUAUUGUAGAGGAGGCGCUGGAACUGAGAAGACAGAGACAGGCUAAAUUCACACCACACCCAUUCGCUGACCUACAACUGGUUCAGCCCAUCAAAUACUUCACCUGGAAGAGUGUGGGUGAGAGUUUCCUGGCCAUGUACAAACACCAGAACGCUUGCCUGGUCCCACGGCCAAACUUUGGCCGCAGAAUCGACCUGUCAAUGUAUCGUGACCCAGACUGCCUCCUCCAAAUUCCCACCAGCACUCCAGCUGCCGCCACGACAGUUUUAGACCCCCCUCAGCCCCCUGUGCCUGUCACCCUGCCUCAAGUCCCCUCUACCCCGCCUCCUAGUCCCAGCAGCCCAAACUCCAGUCUGCCCCCAUCCACAGAACUCUUUGUCCAGCCGCAGGCCCAGCCGAGCGCUCCUGGAGCGGUACCACUGAAUCAGAACGUAAUCGAGGUGACCACCACAACCACAAUCACCAUUGCUGCUACCAAUGGAACUGAGGAUGCUGCUGUUGCUACGGUUACUUCUGCCGCUGAAGUAAAAAAAGGCACCAAAAGAAAACGUGUGAUUGAGGACAAUGCAGAAACAGCAAAGAGACGCUCAGCACGUGUCCGGAACACCAAAUGCAAGAAAGAAGAGAAGAUAGACUUCCAGGAGCUUUUGCUCAAAUUCCUCCCCUCCAGACUGAAAAAGUUUGAAGAUGAAGAUGAGGAGAGUCUCAGUAACAUGGAUUCUCAGUGUGACGUCAAACCCGAUUCCCAGUUGAGUCGUGGCACUGGCUCCAACUCUUCUGAAUACAUCAUCUCUUAUGGAGUCAGAGCGGAAGACGUGCAUGCCUUCCUGCUGGCAAACAUGCAAAACGGUGGCAUCCUGGAGCUGAUGUUGCGUUAUCUGCAGGCAGUGGGGCAAAAGUUCCUGGAAGAGUGGCCUGCAGGCCUCAGUGGAGUGGUGCUGGAUAUCUUCAACUGCUGGAGGAAACACAGCGCUGGGCUGCCCAACCCACUGCUCAGAGACUGCAGCAACAAGCACAUAAAGGAAAUGAUGCUGAUGAGUCUGUGCUGUCUGGAGCUGCAGCUGGAGCAGAGGUCCUUGAUGAAGGGGAAAAACAUGUCUCAGAGGAAGACUUUGUCUGGUGUGGGAAGGGAUUCUGGGGAUCUGGAUGGUCCAGUGGCUCGCUUUCAGUCUGAUCUAUUUCUCUUGACCAUGGCCUCCUCCCAGAAAGAUCUGUUUGAAGAAGACUAGCUGUCGUUUGCUGUCAGAGUUCACUGGCUCAAAGCACGACACCUCGCCAUUCAGGGUGACAUGGAGGAGGCGCUGGAGUGUUACGAUAUGUGUGUCGGGCUGCUGAAGUGUCAGAGCAGUGAGACAGAAAAAAUCACUAUCAGCCUGCCCAACCUCAGCUUGGAUGCCGCCAUAUCUAUAGAAGAGAUUGAAAAGAAACUGAAGUCUCUCGAGCGAUGUCAGUCUCUAGAAGAGAUCCAGAGACUCUUUGAGUCUGGAGACUACCAGUCUGUGGUCCGUUUACUGCAAUCAACACUGAGCUUUGGCCCUUGCUCAGCACAACUCAAACCACUAGAUUACAUCAGCUCAGCCCCUGACAGACCCGCUCAGCUGCUUUUGCUGCAAAGUUCCCUGCUGCAUCUGAAAGACUACAGCUCGUGUCUGGAGAUGUCUGAAGUGUCUCUUAAUGAAGCUCUGCAGCUAUUAAACUCUGCAUUACCCAGCAGCCCCUCUGCUAAGGAAGAAUGGGUGUCCACUAUCACAGCUCUGCUGAGGGGCAUCGAAAGCUGCAUUAAUGACAAACCUGAACUGCUCAGUCACACCCCGCGCUCCACAAACCUACCCCGAUUCGCCAACAACCUCAUACAGUUGAUAGCCAGCAGUAUGGUGUUACCCGAUGACCCUAAGGAAGCUCAUUUCUCAUCGCUGUUGCCAUGGAUUCUGCUUUACCACCUCAUCAAACAGGAAGAGGCAGCAUUUGACUGCAUGCUGCGGCAACACAUGACAGAUGAGUAUGAUGAUGAGGAUAAUACUCCAUUGCUGCCUUCCUCCCUCAUGCUGCUGAACACAGCACAUGAAUAUCUGGGCCGCCGGUCCUGGUGCUGCAACUCUGAUGGCACUCUGCUCAAAUUUUUUGUGCGUGUGUUGCAGCAGAAGCUCUCGGGAGGAGAGAAUCUGCCUUACAAAGAGGAUCUGGAGACAGCACUAGAGCAGUGUUUCUACUGCCUCUAUGCUUACCCGAGCAAGAAAAGCAAAGCCAGAUACCUGGAGGAGCAUUCUGCCCCACAGGUGGAGUUACAUUGGAAUGAUGCCAUCUUUAUGUUUGAGUACUUCAAGCCCAAGACCUUGCCAGAUUUUGACAGUUAUAAGACAAGCACUGUCUCAGCUGACCUUGCCAACCUGCUGAGAAGACUUUCUGGAAUAAUCCCACGUAAUGACGGCCCCACACUCACUGUAGACGAUGUGUCUGCCUAUAUAGAGGGUGGCACUAUCAAGGUGCCAGCUCUUCCAGAAUGAGCUUUUCCAGCACCCCCUGUGGUAAACGAGUUGUACUACUUGCUGGCAGACUACCACUUCAAAAACAAAGAGCAGUCUAAAGCCAUCAAGUUCUAUAUGCACGACAUCUGCGUGUGUCCCAACAGGUUUGACUCAUGGGCAGGCAUGGCUUUGGCACGGGCCAGUUGCAUCCAGGACAAGUUGAACUCCAAUGAGCUAAGGAGUGAUGGGCCCAUCUGGAAAAAUCUGGCUGUGUUGACCUGUUUCAAACGAGCUCUGGAAAUAGAUGGCACCAACCUAUCCUUAUGGAUCGAGUACGGCACCAUGUCCUAUGCCUUACACUCCUUUGCUUCCAGGCAGCUUAAACAGUGGAAACGCGAGCUUCCCCCAGAUUUGACCAAACAGGUACUUCUGGAAAAACGUCCCUCUGUUAACGAUGAAGACUCUCUCUCCUCAUUGGCUGGUGCAAGUUCCUGUAUGGCAGCACUGGCCUCCUCAUCUGUGGUGGCCGCAGUAACUUCUUUACCUGGCAGCGGUGCAGCAGGUGCGAGUUCUCCCCUGUAUGUGGUCACUCCGGUCGACCACGAUUACGUGAAACGUAAAAGCCUGCAGCAGAGGCACAGGCAGGGGCAGAAGCUCCAGCAGCAGCAGCAGCAGGACGAGCAAAGUCAGGAUAGUGUUGCCAUCAUGUCGGACUCUAGCUCCUUACAGGACGUCUUCAUGGACCCCACCAGUUCACAGGACAGUUGCCACAAAGUGGAUUCAGGGAAGUGUAAUAUUUUUCCAGAAGAAUCAAAUGCCAAUGGAAAAGAGAAACCGGCGACAAUAGAGGAAGCAGGCACCGUAGAGGACAAGAAUAUUGAUAUCAGCUCUGCCACUCUCUCUCAAGAGUCCUCGGUCACGCAAGAGUCUUCAGACAACACCUUAUCCAUCACCUCUCCUGAGGCCUCUGUCCCCAAAACUCCUAUCACAGACAUGCCCAUCCAUCCUCCAGCUUUGCCCCUGCACACUACCACACCACACAAAUCCCACCCCCUGACGGGUCCCUCCAGCGAGGGCAAGCGCAAACCAGAGCCCCCUCCCCCAUUGGAGGUGAUUGAGGUGCCCAAGUGUCUGCCGGCUGGUCGGGAAGAGCAGAGGAAGACGCUGGUGGACGUUUGUGUGAGGUCUCUCUUCCUGUGUCUGAGUCGAUUUCCACAACACUACAAGAGCCUGUACCGUCUGGCCCACCUGUAUGCUUACAGCAAGACACGCAAGAACCUGCAAUGGGCACGAGAUGUGUUGCUUGGGAGCAGUGUCCCAUGGCAACAGCUGAAGCACAUGCCGGCACAAGGGCUUUUCUGCGAGCGGAAUAAGACCAAUCUGUUCAACGGCAUCUGGCGUAUUCCAGUAGAUGACAUUGAUCGUCCUGGUAGUUUUGCAUCUCAUAUGAACAGAUCUAUUGUGCUGUUGCUAGAUGUGCUGUCUCAACUGAAAGAUCACCACACCUUACUCAAAAUCUCCCUCAUGCUUCAGAGAACCCCUGACCAGGGAAAGAAGUACUUGCGAGAUGUGGACCGGCAAGUUUUGGCCAAGCGAGCGUUUUUCUUCACUGUAAAAGUGCUGGAGGACAAUCUGGAUAAACUCACAGGGGUUAGUGAUCCCCCUAAACCAUCCACCACCUCUAUGGGUGAAAUGACCACAGCUGAUGUGUCCAACCGACCCGCUGCUGUGGAGGACCCCAAAUGCCCUCACACCACCCAGCCUAAAGCAGCUCUCCCUGAUCCCCUUACCAUCACCAAAAGUGAGACUGGACACCCUAGCAUGCCACAGCCCCAUCCAGCCACACUCCGUCUCUCAAUGGAUCCCUUGCCCCAGACUCCUGUGACAGGGGCCACCACUCAACCCAGCGUAGGUACUUCUGGGCUUGUAGAGCCUAUGGAACUUGGUCCAGGACCAUGGCCUGGUGCCUCAAAACUCAUAGACCCUCAAACCCCCACUGAUUGUGCCCUGCAAGAGCAAGCGGGCAUUAAAUCAGCAGCUGAGGAAGCCGAGAGGAUUCCAGAGAGUAGUCGGGCAUCUGAAUUGUCUUUGGAGGAGUUAAGCAUUAGUUCGAAACAGCAACAACUACAGAAUCAGGCCAAUCCUGUAAAGGGAACACUUACAUUGGUCACAACACCAAUGGCAAGCAACCCGACAUCUUUGCCCAGCACCCCUGAGCUGGGCUUACCACAGCGACCCAACAGGAAGAGGAAACUACUGGAUGAGGUGGAGUCGGGUAAGACACUUCUAUUGGAUGCGUACAAGGUCUGGCAGCAAGGUCAGAAGGGCAUGACGUACGACCUGCAGCGCAUCGAAAAGAUUAUGUCGGAGUCGUACAUGCUGAUUAAACAGGUGGAUGAGGAUGUAGCAUUAGAUCAAGCUGUUAAGUUCUGCCAGAUUCAAAUGGCAACGUCGGCACAAAGACAGAGCUCCAGUGAUGCGCCCAGCACACCAAAGUUCAGUAAAGACCAGCGAGACAUCUUCUUCCCAGCAUCAUUUUCCACGCCGUGCCUCCAAACGCACACAUACCCCAUAUCAACCCAGGACGGAGAAGCCAAGCUGAGCAAGACUCCUCGGACACUGCUUACACAGACACAUACACACAGCACUCCAACACAGAUCUACUGCCUGCCCUCCAGUCAACCCGACCAAUCACAGCAGCGCAAGACACCUAGCCAGCCAAUAGCAAGCAUGGCCUUCUUGCCCCACACAGAGGACAGAGAAGAGUCUGCUGCUCCUGAGGGUCUGCUGUACUGCCAGCAGGAGUCCCACCUGUGUCAGCAGAUGAAGAUGGCCACAGUCUCUCACACUCACAGCACACAGGAGUUCCCCACAUGCUCAACACACACCAGCACAGACAGUGUAGACCAGUCAAAGCAGGGGGAUGCCAGCCAUAUCCGAUCCCGGAUUCCACCUAACAUGCCCAAACUGGUCAUCCCCUCCACAGUCAAUAAAUUCCCCCCGGAGAUCACAGUCACGCCCCCCACGCCCACCCUGCUCUCCCCAAAAGGCAGCAUCUCUGAGGAGACCAAACAGAAACUCAAGAAUGUGAUCCUGUCCUCUCAGUCGGCAGCUAACGUGAAGAAAGACACUCUCGCUCAACCGGAUUUGGAGGUACAAGAGACGUCCAGUCAGGAGUCCUCUCUGGAAAGUGAAUCAGAUGAGGAAGAUGACUACAUGGACAUUUGAACUCUAAACAUCUGCUGCAGAACUCUGAAGCAACCCAAGCUGAGCUCUGAAAUCUCCUUUUCUAAUUGUGUAGCUGCAGCUGAUCAUUGACGGUUUCAUCUCCGUCCGUUUUUCUACAGCGCGUUUUCUCUACUGUAUGCAUGUUUUUCAGCAAAAGGGCUUUUUUCCUACCCUGGCACUUGUGUCCUCUUGGUGUUUUUGCUCCUCUUCUGCUAAGCAUGGACAGAGUUUACAUGUUGUUCCGUUGUUUUUCGUUGUGUACGAUCCUGCGAAGUGCCAUUUUGCUCCAGCAGUUGCGAACAUGACAUAAAGCUAUUUUGCGGCGAAUUCAAAAUUCUCUACUGAUACAUGAAAGUGUAAUAUGGACAAUUUAAUACAAAGAGUUUUUUGGGCAUUAAACUCACAGAACAUCAGAAUGUUGUUUACAGAUUUAAAAGGAAGUCAAUUUUGCAGCUGUGUAAAAUAAAAAUGUUUCAUAUCUCUACCAACUUUCAGUGACAUUGCAACCAAACAUGGAAUAUUCCCCAUAGGGAUGUCAGCAUGCAAACGUGACAGCUUUUUACCACCGUGUGGACUUUUAUCUGUUUUUUUUUUUCUGCUUAUGAGUAAAUUUGCAUGUGUUUUUUUUUUUUCUAUUUUCAGAGCUGUGUUGCCUCCACGUAUAGCAUGCAUGGAGCAUUGCCAUUUGGUCGGUCGUUCAUGCUUUAGCGGUCAGAUUUUUUCAAGCGGAGUUCUAUAUAUUUAAGUGUAUGAUUCUUCACAUCACCACAAAUUUUUCUAAAUUUCAAGAUUUCAAUUUAGUUUUCGAUUUACUAUCAAUGGAUUACUGAAUCAGUAAUCUGUUGUUUGUAAAAAUAUCAAAGAACUGACUUUAGGACUAUUAGUUAAAGGGAAAGUUCACCCAAAAAUAAACAUUCUGUCAUCCUUUACUCACCUUAAUAUUGUUCCAAACCGGUGUCAGAAAUUAACUUUUCAAUAAAGGGGCAAUAAUAUCCCCCUGGAUUUGAUUUUCUUUUGCAUUUUUUACAUUUAUGAAUUUAUGAAAAAAAAAAAAAAAAAAAAUAUAUAUAUAUAUAUAUAUAUAUAUAUAUAUAUACUGUAUAAUCCUUUUAUUCACAUGCUUACAUUUAAUCAAUUCAUGAACAAAAGGUCUUCUUCUGAAUAUUUAUCCUCCUAGCCAUAAAAAUUAAAGAAACAUCAAAUCAUAUUUUAUGUGAUAACGUGUAUAUCUAGCCUUAGAGUAGAAUAUUAAAGGGACAGUUCACCCCAAAAUUAAACGCAAACACAAUGAAGAUUUUUAGAAGAAUAUUUAAGCUCUGUUGGUCCUAACAAUGCAAGUGAAUGGUGACCAAAACUUUGAAGCCCCAAAAAAGCACAUAAAGGCAGCAUAAAAGUAAUCCAUAACACUCCAUUGGUUUAAACCACUUUUUCUGAAGAUCAAAGUCCUUUUAACUAUAAAUUAUCCUGCCUGGCCAGUAGGUGGCAAAAUGCACAAAGAAUGUAAGUAGGCAAAAACAAAAGAAGAAAAAUGUGAAAGUUAACAUUUAAAAAAGAGAGAAAAAAGGACUUAAAUAUUUAUCUGUUUCUCACCCACACCUAUCAUGUAACUUCAGAAGUCAUGGAUUAAACAACUGGAGUGUUAUGGAUUACUUUUAUGCUGUCUUUAUGUGCUUUUUGGAGCUUCAAAGUUCCGGUCACCAUUCACUUGCAUUGUAUGGACCAACAGAGCUGAAAUAUUCUUAUCAAAAUCUUUGUUUGUGUUCUGCAGAAGAAAGAAACUCAUGCACAUCUGGAAUGCAUGAGGGUGAGUAAAUGAUGAGAGAAUUUUUAUUUUUGGGUGAACUAUCCCUUUAAGAACUAAAGCAGAUGUUGUUGUUUUAAAUCAUAAUUAAAAACAGAAAUUCAAUGCAAGGGCAUUUUUUGCCCCUGUAUUUGAAUAUUUCAGGGUUAUUUUUGUCACUUUUGUCCCGAGGCCCCUUUAAUUACUGACCCUGCAUGAGGGUGAGUAAAUGAUGUUCUUAUGUUUAGGUGAAAUAUCUCUUUAAAUCACAAAGAUUUCCUUUAUGACUGUUGAAAGGAGCUGUCUAUUGUGUAACCUGAUUUCAUGUUUUCGUUUGUAGUUUUCUGUGUUUUCAUUCAGGUGUUGUAAAGAACAGCAUCUAAAGGACUGAAGCAUACAAGCCUGACAAUAUGUGACUAUUAUUAAAAUUACACUUCAAAUAAGAAUGUGACCCAAACAAGUACAGUAAAGCUGACUUGCACCACCAGUUUGUUUUGUAAAGAAUAAUGCCGACAUUUUUGAACAUUACAGUCAUACUGUUUGGUACCGCUGCAGCUAUACCGAAACAUUUUCUGUAAUUUUUUUUAUUUUUUUAUAUAUAUUUUUUUUCUUAUAGGAUGAAAAGGCCAAACAAUGUUGCUGAUCUAUCGCAUUGUUUUAAUAUCAUCUAAGUAUGGUUAACCAUAAAAAAGUGCCCAGACAUUAGCUAUAUUGAGGUUAUGUUAUUACAUGGAUAUACCUUUACCCAUUUUGUUUCGGUUUGGAGUAACGUUGCUUUACCUUUGAAUCACAUGAAUACCAUCAAGAAAUAUCCAGGUCAUUUUCAGUCUGAAAUGAAAAUAAAAAUAAUUACAUAAAUUAUAUUUUAAAAAGAAGCUUAUUUUAGGACUUUUUUUGUGUGUUGACAUUAUUUUCAUGACAAUUAAGAACAUGCUUCUUUUACCUUAACGCAAAGUGUCUUAUUCCCGUUAAUGGAACUGUACUGUACAAUUGUAAGCAUACAUCAUGCUACUAUUUCUUGUACAAAUUGUAUCAAGAAUGUAUUACAGUAAUGAGAACAAGUUAUUUUCUGCACUACAAUAAUGAGAAUUUCUUGGGGAAAUGUGCUUAAUUGUCAUAAAAAAAAUAAUGUCACAAUGCAAAAAAUCUUAUUGCUGUGUACAAUUUCUUAGUUCUUUGUUGUUUGCUUGUUUGUUUUUUGGGGGUAAAAUUUGAUGCUGAUUUCAUUGUGAAAUGUCUCCCAUUUAGAGCUUGUCUGAUCAGAUCGGAUCAAUGAACAGAAUAAAGAGCGUUUUGUAUGGAGACGUCACUCGUGGGUGGUGUUGGUAGCGUUACCCCCACAGAUCUGCUUUUGAUGAUGGGAAUCAUUCCCAGUUCUAAUAUAAAGAAAAUGUAGAUGGGAGAAUGUUUUUUACUGAAAGUUUUAUACUUGUAAAUAGCUACCAGUAUUUUUUGAGUGCAGAAUUUAUAUAUAUAUAUAUAUAUAUAGGAAGAAAAGACUUUGAAGAGAUAACUUGCUUAGAUGCAAUGAGCAAGGCUGACCAAACUACCUGUGCACAGAAAAAGACAUGUUUCUAUUUUUCCUCUUGGUAAAAUAAUGUUUUGUUUAGUUGUUGGUUUUUGUAUACUGUCUCUAUGCUUAUGUUAUAACUGCAACAUGACGGAGGAAGUGGAUAUAUCCUCUGGCAGGUUUUCUGUGCUCUGUCGAGAUGUAUUGGGGUAUUACUGUGCUCAGGCUUUUUCUCGGAGAAGGUUGAUUAAUCUGAAAUUCUGUCUUGCUGCAUUGAUAUUACAAAACCAAAAAUACACUUAAUGACCUUUUUA